UUCUGGAGCGUGGACCUGAAAUUCAAACUCAAAAAGACAUUUUGUGUUAAAUACAAAACACAAACACAACCUUUUGCAUACCCUUCUUUCCUUCUUCUCUUGUUCCAUCUUUACACGAAGAAACGCACAAAGUCAAAUUGGCUCAUCAACACCUUUGUUCUUUUUGUUUUUAUUAUUCACACUAGGGUUAAUGUGUUAAGUGCCCAACAUUUCCACUUCACUUUUCUUGCGUUUUCUCCCAUUUUCUUGCCCCAACCUGAGGUACUCUCAGUCUUACUCCCAGUUUUCAAGGUUGAAAUUUUGAUUCGGCUGUAGAACAAUCAGGGUUGGGAUUUUUCUGGUUUUGGGUGUUCUAGAUAUGAUAAAACAGAUACUUGGUAAAAUACCACGCAAGCCUUCAAAAUCAUCAUCACAUAGUGAUUUGAACGGUGAUGGAAGGGUAGUCAAUGGUGGUUCAUCAUUAAACUCAUUUCAUGGGCACAGUUCCAGUGGUACCUUGAAAUCCAAUUCAAAAUCUGCGAAUACUGGUUCAGGGGGGUCGCAGUCGGGGAAUGGGACUCUUGGGCCACACUUGACGAGUUCAAAUACAAUGAACCAAGCUAAGAAAUUAGCUUCUGCAAUUGCAUCACAAGUUGGCCCCAUAAUGACUGCAGGAGUUUAUGAGGCUUUACCGAGUUUCCGGGACGUGUCUAGCUCGGAAAAGCCAAAUCUUUUUAUCAGGAAGUUGCAUAUGUGUUGUAUUGUAUUUGAUUUUAAUGAUCCAGCUAAGCAUCUUAAAGAGAAGGACAUCAAGAGGCAAACUUUGCUUGAGCUUGUUGAUUAUGUUUCAUCUGUGAAUUCAAAGUUCAAUGAAGUAACAAUGCAGGAAAUCACGAAGAUGGUGGCAGCAAAUUUGUUUCGAACUCUACCUUCUUCUAAUCAUGAUGGUAAGGUUGCAGAAACAUAUGAGCUUGAAGAAGAGGAACCCACUUUGGAGCCAGCAUGGAGUCAUCUGCAGAUUGUGUAUGAAAUUCUCUAUAGGUUUGUGGCUUCAUCAGAGACAGAUGCAAAGCUUGCUAAAAGAUACAUUGAUCAUUCAUUUGUGUUGAGAUUGCUUGACCUCUUUGACUCUGAGGACCAAAGGGAGAGGGAAUACUUGAAGACCAUUCUCCAUCGAAUUUAUGGGAAGUUCAUGGUACAUCGGCCAUUCAUUAGAAAAGCUAUCAAUAAUAUAUUUUACCGGUUCAUAUUUGAGACAGAGAAACACAAUGGAAUUGCAGAGUUGCUGGAGAUAUUGGGCAGCAUAAUUAAUGGAUUUGCUUUGCCUUUGAAGGAAGAACAUAAGCUGUUCCUUGUCCGAGCACUGAUCCCCCUUCACAAACCAAAGUGUGUCUCUAUGUAUCAUCAACAGCUUUCAUAUUGCAUUACACAGUUUGUUGAGAAAGAUGUCAAACUAGCUGAUACUGUUAUUAGAGGCCUUUUGAAAUAUUGGCCCAUAACUAAUAGUUCAAAGGAGGUAAUGUUCCUUGGUGAACUGGAGGAAGUUUUAGAAGCCACUCAAGCAGCAGAAUUUCAGCGUUGUGUGGUCCCAUUAUUUCGUCAAAUUGGUAGAUGCCUCAACAGCUUACACUUUCAGGUAGCUGAACGGGCAUUGUUUCUGUGGAACAAUGAUCAUAUUAGAAAUUUGAUCAUCCAAAACUGCAAAGUGAUAUUACCUAUAAUCUUCCCUGCUUUGGAGAAAAAUACACGAGGCCACUGGAACCAGGCUGUUCAGAGUUUGACCCUGAAUGUGAGAAAAAUAUUCUCUGAUGCAGAUCCGGCACUCUUUGAUGACUGCUUGAUGAGAUUCCAGGAAGAUGAAAUCAAGGAGCGAGACAAGCAGGAGAAGCGGCAAUCCACCUGGAAGAGAUUGGAAGAUGUGGCUGCAUCUAAGGCUGUAAGCAAUGAGGCAGUCCUUGCCUCAAGUUUUGCAUCCUCAGUUGCCAUCACUGUCAGAUCAAAUCAACUACCAACUACAGGUGGUUGAGAACUAUCAAAUAUCUCAAUGCUUUUAGCAGCAAAAGAUCUCAAGCCACGAUGAUAAAUGUACUUCCUUCUGUGAGUUGCUACUUGUCUUAUAUUUCUGAGCAUGCUGGCGGAUUUUUUUUAAGAGCGGUCAUGGCAUGUCUGCCUUUGCUGCUUUUGUUGGCUUUGUUCGUUUGUAUUAUCUAAUAACCUUUUCGGCUCUUCAGAUCAAAUAAUAUUUAAUAUUAGGGUCUUAAGUUUUAUUGGGUAGGUAAUUAGGCCGUUAGUGUAAACAUUUGAGAUGGUUUAAUUAUGAUGAUAUUCAGUUUUCUUGUUCAGAGAAUGUUUGAUAGUUAAGUCGGAGGAAACACUGUCGUAGAAGCGUAAGUUUAAUUGGGAAAUAUCCUGUAAAGAGGAACACUAUAUUGUAUCAAAUUUUAUGUGAGAUGGAUCUAAGAGGGCUUCUCUUAGCAGAUUUUGGUAUGGUUUUUCCUUUAUUAGAUCGUGGUUUCUUAACUUUCUUGAUAGAUACCCAUUAGUUUUUGACAUUAUUUAAUUAGUUGGUUCAAAUUAGUAGUUAGUGACAAUAAUAAAAGGGUAUCAUUUGUUUAAAUAGAAGAGAAGAGGAAAGGAAGGCAUCUUGUCAUUUUGAGAGGAAAUUACUAGCUUAGUAAUUGGGGUUUAUCCCUAUUUCUUUGUAAUAAGAUAUCAGAUUUAUACCAAUUGGUAUCAGAGCUCUAAUCUUAAAGCUGGGGUUAGUGCAUAAUUGUGAAUUAAUUCACUAUUUAGAUUUGACAAGAAUGAAGAAAUUCUUGAAGAAAUGAAGAGAUUGCAGAUUGGGGAAGGGAGAUUGAGGAUGAUCGCCUUAAUAGAGAAAUCAUUGAAGUAUCAGAAGAGUUGAACAAGGAACAACAACUGUGGAAUCAAGAAUCAUGAAACAGGAAAGGGAGUUAAAAAUUAGAAGCAAAGAUGAAAUUGUUAACACCAAGAACCAAGCCUUUGUUGAUACGAGGGCUGAAGAAGAGAAAAAAUCCGUCAACAAUUUGGGUCAAGAAUAAAGAAGCGGAAGCAUGAUGGCGAAGUUUCUGUCACUAAAACUUGAGAUGUGAGUUUUGGAACAGUGGUUGAUAGAACAAUAACAAUGGAGGCAUCAACAAGAAUCUGAGCAUAGGAAGGAGAAAGAAAAAGAGCUACACAAAUGGGUAAAGAGAAGAGUUGGAAUUCUGGAGAAGGAAAUUAUUCCUCUCCAAAACUGAAUGCUUUCUAUGCAAACUCAACAAAAUGCAGUGAAGGACUUCAACGAUCAUCAAUGUCACAAUGGAGCGUUGGGACCUCGUCACAUUUUUAUCAUGAAAAUAAUAUAAAAUGAAUGGUUAAAUAAAAAUUAUUUAUUAAUAAUUAAUUUCAAAAGAAGAUUCUGAAGCUAGUUUCAAGAUAAAUUCUCAAAGGAUCCAAGUUUGGAUGCUCUCAGAAUGGACCAAAACUGAGUGAGUUCUAAUUUGUUUAUAGCCAAGUUUUGAGUUCUUGUAAAAUGACGUGUGGCGAGAAUCAGUAGCAUAAAUUCCAAUGAUACAAUGCGCCACAGUUAUUCAUUUUGUAGCCAAGUUACUGGUGCUAUUGUUGGUCGAUUUUGGG